GAUACCCACCCCUUCUCUUUCAAUCACAGCCGCUGACCAAGAACAGCAGUGUUCUCGGAGGAAAUUUGAAAGUAAUGUGAGUAGAGAAGUAUCGGGAGCCAAAACAAUAUGAAAACUCACAGCUUCACGUUGUCCUUGCCACUUACCGCUGCUUAUUUACUAUUUGGCGUUAUCUUCACAGUGAGCGGAGAUACCUGUGAGGUGAACCGCUGCCACAAUGGAGGGACGUGUGUGACCGGACCGGGGGAGAGCGCCUUCAUCUGCAUCUGCCCUGACGGUUUCGCCGGAGAUACAUGCAGCGCCAAGGAGAACGGUCCCUGCAGCCCCAACCCCUGCAAGAACGAUGGCAAGUGCGAGGUUGUCAGCGAAUCGCGGCGUGGGGACGUCUUCAGCGAAUACGUCUGCAAGUGUCCACCAGGCUUCGAUGGCGUUCAUUGCCAGAGAAACGUGAAUGACUGUGCUGGCCAACCUUGCAAAAACGGAGGGGAGUGCCGAGAUCUGGACGGCGAUUACUCCUGCAGGUGCCCCUCGCCCUAUGUUGGGAAGCAGUGCCAACUGCGGUGCAUCUCUUUGCUGGGGAUGGAAGGGGGUGGGAUUGCUGAGUCUCAGAUCUCCGCCUCCUCUGUGCACAAUGGAAUCCUGGGGCUGCAGCGCUGGGGCCCUGAGCUCGCCCGUCUCAACAACAACGGCAUCGUCAACGCCUGGACUUCUGCCACUUAUGACAAAAACCCCUGGAUCGAGAUCAACAUGCAGGGAAAGAUGAGAAUCACAGGCAUCAUUACGCAGGGAGCCAGUCGCUUAGGCACUCCCGAGUUCAUCAAGGCCUUCAAGGUGGCGUCCAGCCUCGACGGCAAGACCUAUACUGUCUACAAAGAAGAGGGACAGAGUAAGGACAAGGUGUUUGUCGGGAACGUGGAUAAUGACGGCACCAAGACCAACAUGUUCGACCCGCCCAUCGUGGCGCAGUACGUCCGCAUCGUCCCGGUGGUGUGCCGCAAGGCCUGCACGCUGCGCAUGGAGCUGGUCGGCUGCGAGCUCAACGUGUAUUUAAACACGGCAGGUUGCUCUGAGCCCCUGGGCAUGAAAUCCCGUCUGAUCUCAGACGGGCAGCUCUCGGCCUCCAGCGCCUUCCGCACCUGGGGCAUCGACGCCUUCACCUGGCACCCCCACUUUGCCCGCCUGGACAAGCAGGGCAAGACCAACGCCUGGACCGCGGCCAGCAACAACCGCUCCGAGUGGCUGCAGGUUGACUUGGAGUCCCCUAAGCGCCUCACUGGCAUCAUCACGCAGGGUGCCAAGGACUUUGGCACAGUGCAGUUUGUGUCUGCCUUCAAAGUAGCGUACAGUGAUGACGGCCAUUCCUGGAGCAUAUUCAAGGACGAGAAAACCAAGAGAGACAAGAUAUUCCAAGGCAACAUUGACAACAAUGCGCAUAAAAAGAACGCGUUUGACCCCCCAUUCUACGCGCGCUUCGUGCGCAUUCUCCCCUGGGACUGGCACGAGCGCAUCACUCUACGCAUGGAGCUCCUCGGCUGCGACGAUUAAAGCCCCUCCCCCUCAGCCUCUCACUUCGCCCCGCCCCUCUCUCUGAGCUCCACCUACCUGCCAUGCCUGCAUUGCCUUGUCUGUAGCUACAGGGGGAAGCAAUACCCUGCAAAACUCUUAAUACCUUGGUGUGGUUGUGUUGGCUGAACACCUUAGUUGAUUUGCCCUCUGAGGAUCGUCAUACUCAAUCUGUAAUUCAGUGGUAAAUAAUAAGCAUGCAGUGAAUAUUGUGACCGCAUAAAUCUCAUACUCUGUGGACUUGACCCCAUUCCUACACCUAGCUUUUUGCCUUUUUGUGUUAAAAAUCCAUUACUUCAUGCUUACCGACAUUGCAGAGCUCUACAAGAUAGAUGUGUUUUUUGAAAAUUUGUAUUUUGUCAUAUUAAUAUGAUGGUUUUACGAUGCGUAGUUUAUUGGUGUGGAUAGUCUUUCAAGCUUAUUUGAAUUAUGAAACUUAUUUCGAUCUGGUUUUUUUAUGAUUCUCAUGGAAUUUAAAAAGAUAAAGAUCUUGAAUUAUUCCACCAAAUGAAUCUACUCAGGUUUAGACAAAUUAAUUGGCUAUCUUCUGAUGUUUUUACUGUCCUGGGUUGGGUAGAGACCAGGCACUACUGCUAAUUCUUAACAUUGUGAAAAACUGCAUGUUUUUUCUUUUUUGAAGAUUAACUCUUGAAACUGUUGGUUUAUAGUAUGAUUAGCCUAUGUAAUAGUAUAGUUUUCUUGGAUGCUGUUGAAAGAAUUGCUUUAUUUCUUGAAGAAAAAUGCAAUGAAUAUAUUUUGUGAUUGAUUGUGGUCCUACAGGUUCUAUAUUUGUAAAAUGAUUUCAUAUCUCUCAGUGCUAAAACAUCUUAAAUUGAGUUAGUAUUUUCAGCAUAAUAGAUGAUGGAUAAAUCCAAAAUAUAAUUUACUUGGUAUUAUAUAAAUUUAUUUAUAGACAGUUUAAGAAUUUUUAUUCUUUCUUGAGUAAAAUGAUGUGGGUCCAUUUUGUGAUUGUUGUCACAAACACACUACUUUUAAAAGGAAUCUUAAAGGUUUGUGUUAACUGAGAACUGGCUUAAUCCACAGUGCAUUUACUCAGUAUUACAUGGACCAAUCCACCCCUAUUUAUCGAGGAGAACUGCACAUUUGCCAUUAAAAUGUAAUCUUUUAUUUCUUUGAUCUAAAAGCUGAGGUGUGAUUGAUACCAGAUCAAUCUUUCUUUGCAGCAGCAGGAUAAAAAUACCUAUGAGUGAUUAAUGAAAGCUAGAAAUGAUCUUGCACAGUGUGCAAGUGUUUUUUUUUUCCUACCAGAGAGUAGUACCUCUGAGGAAAAAAAACCUUUCAUACCCUGUCCCAAGCACAAAAGCUCAAGCUGUUCAGCUUGCUCAUCCCUACAUUCCCAGCCUUUGUUCUUCCGAGGAUCCACCAGUUCCAACUUGCUUGGCAUGCUGGGACGCUGGUGGGAUGUCACUUUGCCAGCACAGUGUUUGACCCCAGUGCUCCUCUGUUUCUGAGAAACUGUGAUUCCCUGGAAGUCACACUCCUCCAUCACUGUGCGUACCAAACUCACCUUUUACCCCACUGAAUUAGCAGAGGUUCAGUCCAUACAUUCUGAUUCCUCAUGACUGUAGCCAAAAUAAGUUGACUGCCAAAUGAAAAAUAUUUUCUGAAGUUGCAUGAAAUCGCAUACAAUGCUUUGUUCAGUAGUUUGCUUCAUAGUUAAAUAUGAAAAUGCCCUUGCAUACAUAAUCACAUUUGGGAAUGUGCAAUACAUUAGUGAGCAUUAAAAGUUUAUUUUGGGCAUAUGCUAGUGAAAUAAAAAGAACAGAUGGUAAAAUGUGGACUAUAUUUCACUGAAAUGCAAGUAACAGUCACCAGAAGCAUACCGAUUAUUCCAUGAGAGACAUUGUAACAUAUUUAUAAAUGUUGUGGAGACUGUCAUUGAAGACUUUAUUUUAGUGUUUUCCAAAGAGUGUAUGUACUGUGUAACCUUGUAAUAUUCCAGUUUUAACUUUGCAGUUCACAUUGCGCAAAAGUGUAACAUUAUUUUGACCAUUGUUAGCAAUGCAACAAUUGUGUUUCUUUCAUUUGGUUUUCCUAGUUUCAUUUGGUUAAUAAAACAUGUUCACCGGUGUAGAAUAAAAAAUACAACCCUUCUAAUAGAUAAUAAUGGCUGGGUUUUGUUUUGCAUUCUCAUGGUUGUGAAGAAAAUAAAUCCAUUAUGUUGUGUGUUUUAAAGUGAAUUGCUAAAUAAAAACACUGAGUAAGUUGA